AGCGAUUGUUACCGUAUCUAUCACUAAUAGUAAAGCGUAAUCACCCCUCUGCCAGCAUGCAUGGUUUAGUCCUGGGAAGACUCACAGCCAACCGUCGGGGACGCACUGACAUCUAGCGGCGCUUUUCAGAAAAGAGAGGUUAGUUAGCCUCUCAUCAGAAAACCUUUUGUGUCAUGGUUGCCUAUAGCAACGGAAUGAUGCUUUGCGCCUUGCUGACAAGCUAGCUAGACAAGAGCAUUUGCCACUGUAUGGUCUGUAAAUGCAAAUAUUGUAAAUCCGAAUAAUGUUAUAAUAUUAUGUAUGACCUCUGUUUCAGCUGAGCUUUGAUGCACAAAGUAAUUAAUGGAAGAAAGAUGGGAAGUUUUUCGAGGAGCAUGAAGAGGAAACACCCAAAGAUGUAUCAUCAUCACUGAAGUGUGAUACACUACUUGCACAUCGAGUCAAUAGCUGGUAACAUAAACAACACAGUGUAGAUAUGCCUCCAGCAUCAGCAGCACAAAGAAUAUCGCCCAAUCCAGACAGAGGUUUGGGCUUAAAUUUCCUGCUGGGAAAUGACUAUGAAAAGAAGAAGAAGAAACUUCAGGAGGAGCUUCAAUUGGACUACAAACAUUAUGCUGCCAAGAAAAAGGAUCUGAAAACUAGUGAACCUCAUCCACAACCCCAGGGUUUCUCCCUACCUAUUGAUGACAGAAUAUCAGUUCAGGAAAAACUAAGAGAGGAUAGAAAAAAAGAAUACAACCUCUUCCUACAAGAAAAAGCUCAAAUUGGAAGGUUAAAGAGGGGAGCACCUCCCGUUAUUUUAAAGCCUGGACAGAUUCAAGCUUCAGAUGCUGUGUACAUUUCUUCUCCAGCUUCUCCUCGGCCCAUCCUCAACACCCAUACAAACACACACCGUCCUCCCAGGGAGCGCCCUGCAUCCAGGAGAGAUGCUGCCACUCUGACUGAGAAAGUGGAUAAUGGAAAAAGCAUAGGGACUUGGGGUCCAGGCCAUCGGAGACGAAGGCGUUGGCAACUCUAUAGACCAAAAGAGCCCUAUAGCUCUGAGGAGGAGCCGAUCACAGACAAAGACGACGAGUUUGAGUUCAGACACAGGAGGCAACAAGACAGACACACUCCAGAGCCGGAGUACAAAGAGGAGAGGAGAAACAGAGAACACAGAGCUGUCAACAGAGCUCCUCGGGGCAUAAAGGAGGUGGAGGCACCUGGUCUUCAUGAUCAGAACAACAAUGAAGGGGUUUGGAAGUCAGAUCAGCAAAUGCCAGACAGCAUGAUGAUGGCUGCAAGAUCUAGAUCUAGACCUGCUACCAGCAAGGAUAAAGCAGAGUUUGCUACUGGACUAAUGAUCGGAGCAAUAGAAGAGCAGGGGGCCUCUCAGAUGAGGAAAGAAAAGUAUAAGCAAGAGCUGCUGAAACAAAUUGCUGAACAGAAGAGAAACAAGAUCAGAGAGAAGAAGCUUGGGCUGAGGGUUGCUGUCCCCGGAGUCAGAGACCUUGAGAAACAGUUUGGGGCUGUACAUCAGCAAUAUAACAACUGGAGACAAGAUGUCCCCUACAAGACUGUUGUAUACCUGGUGAAGGACCCAAAUACAAGGCGAAUUAAUGACAAACACACUGAAGACACAGAACAGAGAGGCCCCCCAGGACAGUCCCAUGUGGACUACAGUCAGCUGACAGGGAAGACAGUGCCUUGGUCUGGAGUGAGAGCAGCACAAGGUGUCCCCCCGCUGGACUACUUUAAUGAGGACUACCACAGGGACUUCUCAAACAUCCUAGGAGAGGUGGCCAACCCAAGGGUUGCUGGUGUUCCUCCUCCUCCUGUUCUUCACACUGUGACUAAUAAUUACAAGACUCCAUAUGAUGCAGCUUAUUACUACUAUGGAACCAGGAAUCCAUUAGAUCCUAAUCUUCCUUACAAUCAGAAUGACCUGCCUGGAGGGGUGCAGCAGUCUGUGAAUUUCCACAGUCUUCCUCAAAGACCACCUCCUCUCAGACCCAGUGGCCGCAUUGAAGCAACUGAUCAAGGGUCUCCCCUGGAUGUUGGAGAGCAAAAUGCAGUCAAGUCCAAGCUGAAGAGAGAGACUGCACUUAGCUACCAAGAAGCACUCAGAUUACAGGCUGCUUCCUUCCUGCUGAUACCAGAGAUCAAAGAAAGAGAGGAGUGUAAAAGAAGAGAAAAAGAAGAGAAGGAGCGGUAUGAUGCCAAGAUAGAGGCCGAGAUGAUGGCGUACAACCCCUGGGGGAGAAGUGGGGGAGGCGCUCCAAUUAAAGACCAAAAAGGCAACCUUGUUAGUGACCUGAAUCAAAUGCACAGGACCAACGAGGUGUCAAAUAGGAAUCCUGUGUCCAGGAAUAGUGGACAGACCCAAAGCUUUUCGAUGAGCAAUGGACACAGUUCCAGAGUUGAAGCCAGGGCUCCCAUUUCCCAUCGACUAUCAGGUUUCAAUGAUCAGCCAACUCCACAGCGGCUCCACAUGCAGGACAGAUACAAAGAAGAACUGAAACAACAGAUAGUGGAAAAAAAGAAAAAGCUGACAGAGGAGGCAGAACGAAUGAGGAUUGAGGAGGAGAAGGAAGAGAAGAAGCUGGCAGACCAAAGGGCUCGCAUACAGCGGGAAUUUGAGGAGGAGCAAAACAAGCGAAAGAAGAUUGAGCAUAGGCUGCAAAACCAAGAAUGGAUCCAUAAACCUCAAACACAACACCAGGAGGAGGAAAAGAGGGUGAGGCAGAAAGAAGAGAUUGAGAAGAAGUUACCUGAGAGCACCAGGGACGGAGAGCAGAAAAAGGCGCAGUUGAGUUAUGAGAGAGUGCCAUCUCCUCCGAUCCCAACCUUGCAGAGGAAGCAGACAAAUCUUGAAGCAUCCAGACCUUUGUCUGUUGUGAGCCAAGUCUCCGCCAGGACUGAGCGCUCUGUGUCAGCGCCACACUCCCGACCAGUCCCAGCGAAAAUACCCCAGCUACAAGAUGGUAAGCAGGAAGUGAUCAGAGAGCUGUCAGCCCUCCGUAGGUAUCUGAGGAAUGAGCAGAGACAACUGGAGAUUCAGCUGGACCAGACAGAUCGACAGGAGAGUCACUACACUCCCCCCAACAGACCCAAAAGACGACCCAGAGUGGAUGAAUCAACGCACAAGCAAGCUGUCCAGCCAUCAACCAGGAGUACCUCCUCUGGUGCUGCACGUGUUAAUAUACAAAAUAUCAGGGAGUUUAACCAACUUAAAUACAGAGACACAGCAUCUCGUGAGGAGGUCCACCACAUGUACCCUGACCCUCCCACUGACGAACAAAGUCUGGACAUCCAACAGCAGGCCCUUCUUCGCGAACAACAACGCAAAAUCAGGCUUAUGAAGAGAGCGGAAGAGCAUGACUUUUUGGACCAGAAACAGAACCACUAUCAUUCUAGGAAGAACCCCAGAGACUCCAUAUUGCCAUCUGAGACUGCUUUCAUUGAUGUUUACAGUGGUAAAGCAUGUGAAGAGGGGAUUCAUCAGCAGAGACGCCGUCAGCCCUCAGCAGAGCGCCAGGAGAGGACAGCACCACGGAGGAGACAUGACUAUGAUGAGGUGGCUGUGUCCAUAGAUCAGAGGGACCGUAACAUCCAACCAGAUGCUCAGCCUUUGCAGUCACCGACUAGUUUGAACCUUGAUUCUAAAGUCAGGGCCCACAACCAGCAGCGCAUCACAAGAGAGGACACUGGUGAUUCCAACAGCAGAUCAGAUUUCUGACACAUGCUUCAGUCUCGUACUAAAGCUUUGCCUUUUCAUUUUUUUAAUAACGAUGAGACGGAUGUUAACUAUUGUUUUAGAACGAUCAAACAAUUUUGACUUAAAAUUGUAGAAAUUAUGCCUAAACAAAACAAUUAUCUAUAUAUGCGUAAUUUUGAGCAUUCUUCAUUUUCUGAUUGCCAAAAGAAAUGUGUGAUGGAUAAGCCUAUGUACUCUCCAGAAGGGCUGUCUGAUGAUGAAGUGGAUGUCUUGUCUCUGCGUUCUGCCCUGGAGAGACGUGUCUCCACGGAGACUGUUGCCACAGAGGCCUGGCUGCGGCCUGGCACGUCGGAUACUGUAAAACGCUCCGGCUGUAGGGAGAGGCCAAACAGUAGGUUGGAUGCUCCACCCUGGCUGACACACCGCGUCCAAUAGCUCCUAUUAGCUGGUCUUCAAACAGUGAGGCUACUUCUUUGUCAAUCCCCCUUUUCUUUGGAUGGCUCUCCUGAGAAUGAACAUCGUUGCAUUGUGAAUGUGUAUGUUAGAUUGCAUAGUUUCAAAAGCUUGUUAAAAAAACCAGAGUCUGCCUGUAAAAAUAUCAUUGUCUGUUAGUUUAGACAAGAAACAUCUUACGCAAGACUUUCUCUCAGCAUGAAAAGUGCUUUUUUACCCUGCAGUAGAUUGUCCAUGAACAUUUUGCAAGGUGCAUAUCUGAAUGUACCGUAAACAUAUAUACGUGUUUAUGUAGUUAGUUUUGUUAUAAAUAUACACCGGAGAGUUUAUUUUAUAAUAAAAUGUUAAUUUAAUGUUGUCCUGGCUGAUCAUUCAUGGAAGAAAAAAAAUUAACCGCUAGCAGUUCUAUCAUUUAGAAGUCAGUGAUUCAGCAUUUCAAAUCGACCAAGUUCAAAAACUUUAUUGACCUAGAACCUGAUUAGAAUGCCAGAUGAUGUAUUGUACAGAAAGUUGUACAUAAUCUUUUCUGCAACAUAGAAAACUUUACAUUGCUGUAUCAUAUACAUUUUGUUUUCUACAUCCAUGAGCAGGAAUGCAUCCCAUUCAUACUUAAAGCACAGCUAACAUUUGUCAUUUUCUCUAUACAUAUACCUUUUCCCCACACCAAACCAAAGAAAAA